UUAACGAGGCCGAAGGCGUCUUUGAAAAUGCAACCAAGGGAGAAUAUGUCACUUGAUGUCGAUUUUUUGGCCUCUGAUGCUAUAUGCUUUGGUUUUGUAGAUCGUGAUGAGACGUGACCAUCGGCAAUAAAUGAGGCCUUACCAAAGUCAAUCACUAUAGCCGUCAAACUUUUAUCAGCAUUCCGAUGGAGCACUACAUUGUUUGAUUUUAAAUCAUUAUGUAGUACUCCAACCCUGUGCAAGUAUGCGAUGGCUUUGGUAACUUGCAUCAAAAGGUCCAUCCAUGUGCUUCUGAUUUCGGUCUUCACGAGUUCGUUUGACAACAUAGUGCCCAACAGAUUAAUCAAUGAACCAUCGACACUGUAAAGUGGCAUUAUUAUCUUGUAAUCGUCAUCAGAUUUUGACUCAAAAUCAACUCCAACAAGUAGUGAUAGACUUGGGUGCCUGAGGUUGUGGAGGAAAUGAGCCUCGGUCUGAGCCAUGUUGAGCGUUGUUUGCUUUCUAUCCAGCUUUUUUACUACUACGCUUUGCUUUCCAAAUGUAGCAGCAUACACCAUUCCGCAUGACCCCUUUCCUAUCUCACGACCAAUUGUAAGGUGCCAGGGUCGUACGGAUGGUAGUUGCAUUGAGUUUUUGCGAAAUUCUCUUUCCUUCUCCAGCUGUGCAUUCAACUUUGCAAUGUUCGCCUGUUGUCUUUCUAACUCCUCAUUCUUCUCUUCUAUAGCUUUCUGAAGUUCUGCCAGCUCAUCGACAUGGCCAUUUUGCCUCUCCUGCCUUUUCAUGCGCCUUUCGUUGCGCCUUCUUUUUCGCCUCUCGUGGACACGCCUGCGAGCUCCAACCUUCGCUUUCGACUCUUCAUCAAUACCCAGCUUUUCCAUGAAAAAAUAUACAGUUGGCUUUACUUUUAUAGAUAUAUAAGUUAAACAAGCUAUAGUAAUAAAGUGUUGAAGUAACAUGAGCCUUCGUAAAAAUUAUUGCACUUCCUUUUUCCUGUUCUUGUGAUUGGCUCUCUAACAAAAGCUUUUCACUCACGUAAGCAAGCUAUCUCAGCGUGCUAUGGUUUCCGAUGCCACUAUUGAGCUUUAAAGGGUUUAAAAAGCUAGAUUGAUUUACAAUGUCUCUUCUAACUCACUGCCUGGAGUGCUACAAAUCCUUCAAAUCCAGGACAACGCUUUCAAAGCACUACACAUUGAAGCAUAACCAACCCCAACAUGAGCUGUUGGUUCUUGAUUUUAUCAAGAACGAUGGGAAACCUGCAACGACACCAACAAGUAAAGAUAUCGAUGUUCAAGAGAUUCCCGCCUACCAUCAAUGGUUAGCAGGCCUCGUAGAAUCUAUUAAUGAAUCCCUUCACCCUCAGUUUCCAGGAAAGUGGGUUACGCUAAACAUGUGGCAAGUGAAAGAAGAGUACCUUUGUAAAUUGAUAGCUGAMAUAAACGCUCUGCCGGAUAGCAUUAGAGAUACAAGACACAAGAAAUGACCUUUUUACWGAAAAUCAACACAAAGAAUCUCCUUCAAAGUUUUCAACAUGUCUAUGGUCCAAGAAGCGUUAUGUCAGCAAAAUAUUGCAGUGCUGAAGCCUGAUGUAUUCUUUUCAUCAGGAAAUGAGAUAAUAAACCGACCACAAAAAGGAAAUGUAGCUGAAAUGCUCGCCAGACUAACAGAGGACAGAGUACGUGAUGUAGACGGUGUACUUGAAGGAAUAAAGGAGGCAGGACUAACAGAGGCUGGACUAAAGGAGGAUGGUGUUCGUGAUGUGGACGGUGUACUCGGUGUACUUGAAGGACUAAUGGAGGCUGUUUGUCCUUUCCUCUUUCUCUUUCGUCUUCUUUUCAAAAUGUAAGGUUGUACAUUUAUCUUCUUCAACGAAUCAGCCAAAUUUGUUUCCCACUCUUCGUGGUUAUACACUGUUAAUGGCAUUUCUUCUUCAUGUACAACCCCCACCAAGUUGUAAGUGAAAAUGUAUCUGAGAAAAUCGCCUCCAAAUAUUUCAUUGAACAUGCCGUCCAUAACACAUAUCCAAGUCUUAUCUUCCGAUGUCCAAUUAAAUUUCUUGCUAGCUUUCCAUCCACACCCUCGAAAAUAGAAUUUUCCACCUUCGUACAAUAAAGUAAUAAUUUUAUCAAUUCUAAUUGAUACGAAUAUUGUAUCAAAUAGCAAGAUCUUCUGGAUCUUACAAACAUUAGCAAAACAAAACUAUAAAGGUUAACUAUUGAGAUUGUUGAUUUAUAAAGACAAACUUAUAAAUUAACUCAUAUUUAAAUACAGGUGGUUCGUGAACUAAAAAUAAACAGUAGAAUAAAUAACAGUAAUAUCUCUUUACAGUUAUCAUCAAAAGCCAUCGUGCUUUUAGAUAUGCAGACCACUCUUUGAAAUAGCUAAGGUACAGUGUAGGUCAUUGGUUAUGUAAUGCCAUCUAAGUUUAUUUACAUCACCAUCGCGAGACGUAGACUUAUAGUACUAUGAGUUGUAUAACUUUGAGGGAAUGUUUAGCUUUUCUGAAAAGGUAACGUAAGCCCAACAACUUUUCUGCAUAAACAUGGGUUAAUAUUUGUUCACCUGUAUAAUGAAAAGGAAAUGUUGUUUAGUAAUAAAUGCAUAACACUUGUCGCAAUUUAAAA